ACUCCCCCUCCCUCCCACUGUGCUCGGGUUCUGCCGGCACGCGACGCCCACAGAGAGCGCGAGGCUAACCUGGACGUCCGUACGUGCGCGCGCCUGGCGGAGAGAGGAGAACGUAACGGAACAUUUAACCGCGGACCCCGCCGUGUACCGAGUCCGUCCGUGAGGGGCAGGAUUCAAAGCGGACUCAGAUCGUGCUGGACCCUCUUCUUUCAGCGGCAUUUGGACGUUUUGUUCUUUCCGCCUCGCCGAGAUGCGCUUUCAAAGUGUCGGGACGAGUGGACAUUAGUUUGCUUUUGUCCCGGGUCGGACCGGACCGGGGGAGGUAAAGGUGAAGUGGACUGAGCCGGAACAUGCUGAGCCGGGUCGUUGCGGUUCUGCUGCUCUGCCAGCACCUGGACGGGGACAGCUGGGCGGACCGAGCCGCGGUGUCCCAGGGCCUCUGUCGCUAUGGCAACAGCGUGGAGUGUUGCUGGGGCUGGAGUCAGACGGAGUGGGGACGCUGUGAACCUCACUGUCAGCAGGGCUGUAAACAUGGAGAGUGUGUUGGAGCAGACAGAUGCAAAUGUCACCCAGGAUACACCGGCAAGGCCUGUAACCAAGACCUGAACGAGUGUGGGAUGAAGCCUCGGCCUUGUAAGCAUCGCUGCAUGAACACACUGGGCAGCUACAAGUGUUACUGCCUGGACGGAUACACAACACAGCCAGACGGCAGCUGCAGGAAUGCUCGCACCUGUUACCAUGCCAACUGUCAGUAUGGCUGUGAGGUCAUCAAGGGGGCGGUACGAUGCACCUGUCCGUCGCCAGGGUUACGUCUGGGCCCCGACAGACGCAACUGUGUCGACAUCAAUGAGUGUGUGUCGAGUGGCGGCGUGUGUCCUCACCGCAGGAAGUGCGUGAACACGUUCGGGAGCUUCGUGUGUAAAUGUCACCUGGGCUUCAAACUCACCUACAUCAACGGACGGUACACCUGCAUCGAUAAGGACUCUCGGCCGUUCUGUUCCCUGAAUGCAGCCUCUCCGAAGUGCAGGUGUAAAGGUGGCAGCUGUGCAGAUGUCCUGAGAGUCGCUGUGGAGCCACACACACCGAGGAGCACAAGGAAAACACCUGCCACAGCUACAAGAACCCCCACCCCCACCCCCACCAUCACCUCCACCUCCUCCACCCCCACCAUCACCUCCACCUCCACCUCCUCCACCCUCUCCACAGCUUCAACUGCAUCUCAGACAACCACAACAAGAACACCAACCACCCCAGCUGCAUCUACAGCUGUCACUACCCACACAACCACAUCGAGACCUACUACUACUACUACUACUACUACUACUACUGCUAUGACUACUUCAAGCACAAUACCAACUACUACUACGACUAUUACAACACCUACUGCUUCCACGACUGUGACUGUGACUACUUCUACCCCUCUGGCUACUACAGGUGAACUCAAAACACCUACUUCAACAACUGCUGUUACUCCAACUACUACCACCACUCUGACUACGACUACUGCUACUACUACUACUGCUACUGCUACUGCUACUGCUACUGCUACUGCUACUGCUGCUGCUACUGCUGCUGCUACUACGACUACUGCGGUGACAACCACAGUGAACAACAGGAUCAACAAGGAGGUGACGCACAGACAGAGAGGAGACGUGCACAUCCCACGACAUCCCAGUCACAACCAGGUGUGGGAGUUCGACGUUGAGCCGGGAACCACAGCUGAGGACGCCAGAGACGAUCCCGAGGUCGGUGUGCUUCGCUGUACCUUCGAACAGGGACUGUGUGACUGGAUGUCGGACAGAGAAGGAGAUCUGCACUGGGAGGCUGCUCACAACCCUGCAGGUGGACGGUACCUGUUUGUCCCGGAGCUGAAGGCGGGACAGACGAGCAUCCGCGGUGCUCGACUGGCCGUCCAAAUAGUCCCGCCAUGGAGCCACGGCGACUUGUGUUUCUCCUUCUCCCAUUGGCUGACGGGGCAUCAUGUGGCCGUGCUGCAGCUGUUUGUCAGGAGAAGAGGAGGACACCAAAGGUACAGUCCCGCCCUCUGGAGCAGGACAGGUGGACACGGGUGGAGACACACGCAGGUUACCUUGACGACACAUUCUGUGGACAAGGUGCUGCUGAAGGCCGAGCGGAGGACGGGACGGCGAGGACACGUAGCCGUCGACGACGUCACACUGAGACGCGGGGCGUGUCGAUGACAUCACUGCCACAUGAGGACACAGUCGUCAUACGGGACAUUUUAACAGCUGGAGACUAUGAUGUGAUUUAAAGGACCAUGCUGCUGUUUUCACCAACUAAAAUGAUAUCAAACAGGA